UCAAGCACAUAAUAUUCUCUUUUAUCUUCUUUCUCUGCUACCAUUCAAUUCUCUUCUUUAGUACUACUCUUCUUCCAGUUUCUUAGCUUACAAUGGCGGGAAAAGACAAAGCUGAAGGUCAUGCAAUCGGGAUCGACCUGGGGACAACCUACUCGUGUGUGGCCGUGUGGCAGUAUGAUCAUGUAGAAAUUAUAGUGAACGAUCAGGGUUACAGGACAACUCCAUCUCACGUUGCCUUCACUGAUGCCGAAAUACUGGUUGGUGAUGCUGCAUUUAACCAGCUCAUCAGAAACCCUUCCAACUCCAUCUUUGAUGCAAAGCGGUUAAUUGGUAGAAGAUUUAGUGACGCAUGUGUCCAAGAUGAUAUUAAGUUGUGGCCUUUCAAGGUCAUUGAAGGUCCUCAUGAUAAGCCUACGAUUGUGGUCACUCACAAGGGCCAAGAGAAGCAGUUUUCUGCUGAAGAAAUCUCAUCCAUGCUUUUGGGAAAGAUGCGAGAGAUUGCUGAGGCCUUCCUCGGCUCAACUGUUAAGAAUGCGGUCAUCACAGUCCCUGCUUACUUCAGUGACUCACAGCGUCAGGCUACAAAAAAUGCAGCUAUCAGUGCCAGCCUAAAGGUGUCACGUAUCAUCAAUGAACCAACUGCUGCAGCCAUUGCUUAUGGCCUUGACAAGAAGGCUGGCUGGUACAGCAAGAGAAAUGUUAUGAUGUUUGAUUUCGGUGGUGGUACUUUAGAUGUGUCACUAGUUACCAUUAGUUGCGGCGUGUUUGAUGUGAAAGCCACUGCUGGGGAUACUCACCUUGGAGGUGAAGACCUAGAUAACAGAAUGGUGAAGUACUGUGUCGAGCAAUUCAAGAGGAAGAAUAAUUUAGACGUGACUGGAAACUCCAAAGCACUAAGGAGGUUAAAAAAUAGUUGUGAGAAAGCAAAGAGGAGACUUUCAUUUACGUCUUCAACAGACAUUGAAAUUGACUGUUUGCAUGAAGGUAGUGAUUUUUGUACAACUAUUACUCGGGCAAAAUUUGAAGAACUCAAUAGGGAUUUCUUUAUCAAGUGUAUGGAGCCGGUGAAUAAGUGUUUGGAGGAUGCUAAAAUGGACGUAAGCAGCAUCCACGAUGUUGUUCUUGUUGGUGGCUCUUCGAGAAUUCCUAAGGUGCAAGAACUCUUACAAAAUGUCUUCAAGGGUAAGGAGCUGUGCAAAGGCAUUAAUCCGGAUGAGGCAGUGGCUUACGGUGCUGCUGUUCAGGCUGCAGUCCUGAAUGGGAAGGGAAAUGAAAAGCUUCAAGACCUCACUUUGUUGGAUGUCACGCCGCUAUCACUCGGGGUGGAGACUGGGCGUGAACGGGACAUGACUGUUGUGAUACCAAGAAACACUAAAAUGCCCGUCAAGAGGAAUUAUACUGUUACCACUCGGCAUGACAACCAAGCAGUUGUUAGAUUUGCCGUUUAUGAAGGCGAGAGUACAACAACAGUGAAUAAUUACUUUCUGGGUGAUUUUAGGCUCAAAGACAUUCCUCCAGCUCCGAGGGGUGUUCCUAAAUUCAAUAUUGUCUUUGAUAUUGAUUCCAAUGGGAUUCUGAACGUAUCUGCUGAAGACAUGUUGACUGGCCAGAAGAAGGGGAUAACUCUCACAAAUGACACAACUUGUGAAGGAAUUGAAAGAAUAAUGUAAGAAAGAAUCUUAUGUCAUGCUAAAGACUGAAACAUGAUUUGUUUUACUUAUACGUGCCUACUGUGUAAUUUAUCUUGAUAAAAUGGUUCUAAUGUUUCAACUAUUAUGUUAAUUUUGAAUUCGUGCUUUCA